CUCACUCACUCUCUCACAAACUCACUCUCCUCCAGCCAACCCCGCCAUGGCCACCUCCACCAUGUCUGUCUGCUCUGAUGCCUGCACCAACUCCUCCUGGCAGGUGGAUGACUGCCCAGAGAACUGCUGUGAGCCUACCUGCUGUGCCCCCAGCUGCUGCCAGUCCAGCUGCUGCCAGCCCAGCUGCUGUGUGCCCAGCUGUUGUGUCCCUAGCUGUUGUGUGCCCAGCUGCUGUGCCCCAGCCCCCUGUACAACUCUUAUCUGCACCCCAGUGAGCUGUGUGUCCAGCCCCUGCUGCCAAUCUGUCUGCUGCUCACCCUCAUGCUGCCAACAGUCUAGCUGCCAGCCCUCAUGCUGUCAAUCCUUCUGCUGUGUGCCUGUCUGCUGCAAGCCUGUCUGCUGCACACCCAUCUGUUCUGGAUCCUCAUGCUGCCAGCAGUCUAGCUGCCAGCCCUCAUGCUGCCAAUCUUCCUGCUGUGUGCCUGUCUGCUGCAAGCCUGUCUGCUGCACACCCAUCUGCUCUGGAUCCUCCUCAUGCUGCCAGCAGUCUAGCUGCCAGCCCUCAUGCUGUCAAUCUUCCUGCUGUGUGCCUGUCUGCUGCAAGCCUGUCUGCUGCAAGCCCUGCUCCAGUGUGUCCCUGCUCUGCCGCCCUGUGUGCAGACCUGCCUGCUGUGUGCCCACCUCCUCCUGCUGUGCCUCCUCCUGUCAGCCCAGCUGCUGCAAGCCCUGUUCCAGUGUGUCCCUGCUCUGUCGCCCUGCCUGCUCCCGCCAGGCCUGCUGUGGCCUCUCCUCAGGCCAGAAGUCCAGCUGUUGCUGACCUGUCCCCCAGUGAGAGCAUUUCCUGUAUUUACAGUGAGUGCUAAGGAACCAGAGCUCACAGAAGUAUGUCCAUACUCCAUGCUCUAUGCAGCAGGGCAGACCAUGGCAGUGCCCUCCUCUCUCUGCCUCUGACCUUUCCAGGUCCAGCAAUCUCACCUCGUUGUGACUGUCCCUUCUCUGAAUACACUUGAGCCUUCUGAGCAAUAAAAACCCUGACUGAA